AUCCUACAGCUAGCUACAGACUUACAGUACACUGAGUACACCACAAUGACCAUACAGGCUAGCUCUCCCUGGACCUGUCUGUUGGUGUGGACGGCUUUGUCUUCAUUGCUUGCUACUAAAGCACUAACUGGAGCGGUCCUAGUCUGCAAUGGUCACGGUACGGCUAGAGGGGGACCUGGUAACUCCACUCUGUGUGUGUGCCAGGAGCCAUACACUGGGGAUACUUGUCAAACCUGUAAUCACGGCUACUACGGCAACCCAAUCAACGGUGGACUCUGCUACCUGUCGUGUGGUCGCUCAAAACACCUCACUCAUUUCACCAUUGGAGGUGUGGGGGUCAGCAAUCAACAUUUACUGGACAACCCCCCAAAGUCAGGGGGUAACAUUUGCUUGUGGAUUAUCGACCCCUUUCAUCUCAACCCUUUCGAUGACUCAAAUACUUUUCAGACUCAUAAUAAUUCAAACAACAAUGCAUCUCUUCGUUUCCAAAUCAGCACAAAUCCUUCCAGUCUCAACAAGACCUUGCUAAUCUAUCGAGGCUUGCCGUCAUUUUUAAACUUUGCACUCUCGAACUCAAUAUUAUAUAAUCAGUCAGUUCUCACCCAUCAAUCUCAACUAAACCAAAACUCAAUUUCUACGACGAAUAUUCGUGCUAAUUUAUUUUUAUCGCUCGCUGGAGAUCGUUUGCUGGACAAUCCUCUCGUCGUUGUCAAUGGUUACGAUGUCGUUACGCUGGUGUACUUGUAUCACGGAACUGGAAUGGACAGGGCCGCCCUCAACGUGAGCGUGACCGUAUGGAAUGGGGACAACAGCUCGGACCUGAAUCAGACACCCUAUGAUGUAAUUGCUGGGGAAAUCCCAUCUCUAAGACCACACCUCCUCGUAUCCUCCCUGUCAAAACUACUGAGUCAGCAAUUUAUUCACUAUCCGUCCAAUCAAAAUCAAGACGCUAAUUUAACUUCAAAUUCUACCCUGAACAAAAAUUAUUCGUACCCAGAUUGCUCUGGUCGAUAUUGGCACUCGUCUGUGUAUGAUACCAACUCCGAGUUGCUAUGGUUACUUGGUGGUCUAGAUUUGGAAGGUGUUGUGUGUCGAGGUUUAGUGGCCGUUAAUACGUCUCUGGUUACCAUGGAUACGUCGUGUGAGGGGUGUGUGUGGCGUGUAAGAAGUGAUGGUGUGGAGCCCGAUGGCCGCUACUUGCAUACUGCAGUGGCUACUCCCUGCCCUAAUGCGACUGUGGGGGGUUGCAUGUUGGUGUUUGGGGGAUUCCCCUCUGUGGGGGAUCUGAGCACGCCCAGUAGUGAGCUGUGGCUGUACAACCAUCUCCUCCAGUUGUGGACAGUACUACAAGACUCGCCUAUUUCCCUGGCUGCUCACUCCGCUGUUGCCACGGGUAACGGAUCGAUGUUGGUGGUGGGAGGUGUGAAGGACGGACAGAUCUCUUCAGAGGUGAUAAGCUACGAUCUCCAUAGCAAUCACUGGGAGCCUUGGAGCCGCACAAACAUGCCUGGAAUGUAUGGUCACUCUGCAGUGUACGACGCCAAUACGCACUCUGUGUACUUGUUUGGGGGUGUGGUUUACUCUCGUCCCGUUGCUGACCUCAGCAAUUCUUUGUACGUCAUUAACGUGGCUACAAGAAACUGGGCAAAAGUGAUACUAUCCACUGAGCCUCCUGGUCGACUGUUUCACGCAAUGCUCCUACUAAACCACACCCUCUACAUCAGCGGGGGCCUCACUAAACCACACCCACAAGCCACACCCACUCCAUAUCCCGGACUAGCUGGUCUAGCUCCAGCCAACAACUCCGUACUGAUCGACCUAACCUCGCAAUGCAACACUGGCAAAACUGUACUAAUAGCCGAUCAUGAUAUCCGCUUAUGGGGCCAUUCAAUAGUUGCCUAUAUUGAAUACAAUGCUAAAAUUAUCGUGAGUGGUGGUUUUAACAGUGCUCCAGUUGAUUCUAUAUUUACUAUCGAACCUCCGAUAUUUUCGUGCUCCAUCGCCCAAACUCUAAAGGCCUGUCAAUUAUUGCCUUUUUGUGAGUCUUGCGUCGUCAAUGUUACAACGUUUAUCGGCUGCUACCAUAGCAACGAGAGCUGGUUAUGUAGUGACACUCUAAUCGAAUCGACUAAUAACUGCACAGUCAGCACAACCGAGGUGUGUUCACAAUUUUCAAACUGUCUCGAAUGUUUGAGUGCCGAUGUUGCCCAGGACAACGGUUGUAUUUGGAAUGGAUGUUUUGGAAUCUGUACAGACAAUUCUACAAGUAAUGUAUCAUGCAGUAGAACGGCGAGUAACUAUGACGACCAGUUUAGUGUAUGCCCAGUUGAUGCUUGUGUUUCAGCGUCGUGUCAAGAAUGUGUUUCCGAUCCAAUUUGUGGUUGGAGUUUCAUUAAAAUACAACCUAACAUUCUACAAACUACUAUCAUUAUUACAGGCAGAGAAUGGGGAUGUUAUAGGAAUGGGAUCAACUCGAUUGUAAGUAAUGAGAUACUUCGUUCUGCAACCAUAGCAACCUGUCCGUCACCUUGUAACUUUGCUAGGACAUGUCAUGAAUGCGUCCAAUCGAGGGCCUCCGCUGCCGGACCUUUAAACUGUGUGUGGGAGACCUACUCGCAGAUGUGUAUUCAACAAGACGUAGCUCCUUUGAUCUGUGCAGGGGGUCUGUGUGGGGGGUACGUAACCAACAACAACCAGGAACAAUGCCCCCUACCGUGCUCAGCGCAUUUAGAUUGUACCUCAUGUCAAACAGACCCGAAAUGUUCGUGGUAUCUCGGAUUUACUGAUAAUAAGAUAGUUGGAUAUUGCACGGAUGAGUUACGUUCACUGGACACGCUAUCUACACUGGUUGAUGACUUGUAUUCGACCUUUGAACUACGGCAGUAUUACACUACAGAGUGCCCCGGGUGUGCUGACAAUUGUAAUGGGCGUGGUGUGUGUGUUAUCAGUGCCCUGAGCUGUGACUGUGACCUGGGCUAUAUUGGGGAACAGUGUAGUGUCGAGUGUGGGUGUAACCAGCUCAGCUACUGCGCUAAUUCUAGUGUCCCUGGACGCAACACCUGUCUGCAGUGUCGGCUAAACACUCAGGGAUCUGAUUGUGGUCAGUGCAGACCGUUCUCUGUUGGUAGCCCUGGAAACGGAACUGGUUGUGUCCCUUGUCGGCAACAUUGCCAUGGAAACAGCGACUUGUGUGUGCGGAGGUCAGAGUUCAGAGAAGCCAUGGAACGCAACAUCUCCCUUGACAGAGCUGGGUUUGACUCCUUUGUGACGAGUGGGCCUGAUGAGACGGAGGCGGUGUGUGCAGAGUGUGAGGGUGGUGCCACUGGGGAGUUGUGUGAUAGCUGUCGUCCUGGUUACUAUGACGACUACUUCAGCGGACAGUCCACGAGAUGUGUUGAGUGUCAGUGCAAUGGUCAUGGUCCCUGCCAUCCCGUGACUGGAGCCUGCUCUUGUCAGAACCAAACCACAACGUGCGAUGGCUGCUCCGUUAAUAUACAGUGCUCUGCAUGUGUGACUGGCUACAUUGGCGCCCCCUCCAACAACAACCAGUGCUAUAAACAACUCUUAAUCAAUCAAAUAGCCAACUUCACAAUCCUCCCGCGACAAUCAAUAGCUCUGGCCAUCGGUCUUGACUACAUUGCAUCAAAUGUCGACGUUACAGUGCAUUUUGUGCGACAGUUUGGAGAUAUGACAAUUUAUGAUGCCCUGAAUAAUAGAGCAGUUUCAGUGACUGUUGAUGCUGAUACAUUUCAGCACGUGGCAAAUAUUCGAACGGCUUUUCAAGUAACUAGAGUAAGAAAACAAGUCGUAUCAAAGAGGCAGGCUGAAGGAGUUUUGGGGAUUUCUGACGUUUUUGUUCGCGAUUUUUCCACUGAUAAUCAACUGGCUUUAGUAAUAUCACAUGAACAGACUGAUUUCCAAUCAUUGCAACAUUUUUUGACAAUCGUAACUGGACCUUUGGGCGCUCACUUCUAUGUUUAUUACGACCAAGAAGUGGCUCGAUUGAACUAUUUCGUUUUCUCGAGUAUUUUAUUGUCUUGUUUUUUCCUGACUUUUGCAAUUGCGCUGUUUAUUUGGAAGGCAAUAAAGAUUGAGAUAAGGAGGAGGGCUCGAGUUAAUAACAGGAGACUACGAGAAGCUCGUGCCAAUCGACCGUUUGCUAAGGUGAAAGUCUAUUUUGAUAGAAAAAAACUUAUUGAUUGGAAAAAAUCAAAUCCACUUUUAUUGCUUAAGGAGCCUUUGAAAGAGACAUCAUUUGUCGGUGUAGCAUUACACACGACUAAAGAAGAGGCAAUUGCGUUGCGAACUACGAACUUACCUACAAAGAAAUAUCGAAAGCGGGAUAUAAAGAGGAUUGUUGAACCUGGUUGUAUAGAGCCAUGGCCGAUAGCUCAAGAGGUGUGCAAUGAUGGUGGUGUAUCUGUUAGUACAGUGCUGGUGAAGUUACCCACGAGGAGCAAGGUCAGUAAAGCUCAUGUACUCAAUACAGGCACUUGUCUCGUACAUCGGCCUAAAGUGGAGGAAGCAAAGAGAUGGAAGAGGAACAAUCGCUGCAUGCCCCUAGAGACAGCAACUCAAUUAUAAUAGUGUUUGUUGUAUGUAUGUGUCACAAUGAGUCACGAUGAUGCAGUUUGUGUCAUGUAGUACAUGUGUGGGUAUAAUACCUAUUGCAAUUAUCAA